AGCGCAGAGAAGACUCGUACCCUGACAUCCCGAAAUUACCCUUCGUUUACCUAAACUCCAUCUUUGACACGCAAAUUCAACGGAUCCUAUCCUCUUCCUCCUGAAUCCCUAACGAUCCAACUGAUUCAUCCUCUGUCUCUCUCCCUGAUUCAUGGCCUCCGAGAACGACAACACGGUUUUCCCCGACGAUGACCUUGACGACGACGAGGAGCCGUCCUCUUCCGACAACGACCUCGACGAAAACGAUGAGGAAGACGAGGAGUUAGGGGAAGAAGACAUCAAUUCCCCCUCCACAUCGUCGCAGAUUCCGACGAUGACCACCGCCGUGACUGCUACGCCGGUAUCCACUAUCCCUGCUGUUGCUCUCGCCGUCCCUGUCGCAUCGGCCGUGACAGUCGCCGCGGUUCCCCUGGACGAAUCUGGACCCGAUCCGAAACGACAGCGGAUCGGGGACGCUGUGGUGGAGAAGAAGCCGCAGCAAUUCGAUGAUUCGAGACGCUUGUUUCAACGCUUGUGGACGGAUGAGGACGAGAUCGAAUUCUUGAUUUUAACAAGAAUCAGUUGGUGGAGAAGCUGCGGAGGUUGAAGAAGAAGUACAGGAAUGUAAUGACCAAAAUCAGCUCAGGAAAAGAUGUUUCUUUCAAGAGUCCGCACGAUCAGGCUACUUUCGAGAUAUCCCGGAAGAUCUGGGGCAACGAUCUUGGAAAACCAGGUGUUGGUGGGGUAGAGGACAAUGUUUUGGAUGAUGAUGAAGCCAAUGUGAAUAACGCAGCUCCUAGCGAAGAUUUCGGAGACAAGAAGACCCCCAGGUCGAGGAAAAAAUCGCGGUCUAGGCCUGGUGUCAAAAUUGAAGAGAAACCCGUUAUGAAUGAUGGGUUCUUUGUUCAUAAUAGUAGUAACAACGGUAACGUUGACAGUGUUGCUGCCGGCGGUAAUAUUGCAGGUUUGAUAGAGGGGGCAGUGAGGAGCUGUUUGUCGCCCUUGUUUAAGGAGUUGUUGAGUAGCGCAAUGGGAGGUGGCUACGGAAUGAGAGGGUAUGGUGGAUUGCCCUUGAAUGCAAUGCCGUUGCAUUUUGGUGGAGGGUUGAAUUUGGGUGGCGGAGGCAGUGGCGGGGAAUUGGUGGAUGAGCGGUGGAGGAAGCAGCAGAUACUAGAGUUGGAGGUAUAUUCCAAGCGGAUAGAGUUGGUGCAGGACCAGAUUAAGGCAGCCUUGGAUGAGUUGCGGUCAUUGGGAGGAUGAUUCUAGUGUAAGUGGUUCGGGGAUUUUCUGUUCCAUUUCAUAAAGAUUUCAUGGCUAUUUAUGAAUAGUUGAUACUGUAGGAGUAACUGCUUUGAGUUUUUAACUUUGGAUCUUUGUUUGUCUUUGGUAGAAUGGUUGUUAAAUAAGAGUUCUAAUUAUUUAGCCUUCAACAGUUUGCUGAAGUUACUCAUAUUUGUAUAUAAAGUUUCAUACAUUGGUUGAAAUAACUUGCUUAGAACAAGGCACAGGUUGUAGAUUGUGCGGAACUGGAUUUAACAGUUUCAUAUUGUGACUUAUGAAAUUUUUAUGGAAGUGCUGUAUUUGGGAGGUUUAAGGUGAUUAAAAGCAUGGGUGCUAUAUCCAAAGGAUGGUUAAUGCUUCCUAGUAGAGUUGGUAAUAGUAAGUCACAUGUAUCCAACAUAUUGUGGUUGGAAGGCAAAGAAUGAAGUACGAAGACAUGGUCCAAAUUGUUAUUGUCAUGUGGUAUAUAUAUUUAUCAAAAAUGUGUUUUGCAAUCUAGAUUGCAAAACACUAGCCAUUGGAUUGAGAGAGGCUCUCUAAAAUUGGGAGAGGACUUUUCAUUCAAUGAUUGGUGUUUUGCAGACCAAUGCAAUCUAAUUGCAAAACAUUGGGCUCUCUCUAUCUAUAUGCACUUGAUACUUCUAUGGUUCUAUAUGCAGUUUUUUCUUUUAUUCAUGUGGAUAAGGAUAUCUCUG